CAGUCACUAUGGAACAAGUUCUAGACUAUCUUGAGCAAGCUCUUAUCCAUCAAGACAACAUGUUAAUCAGUAAAAUCCCUACACCUGAGGAAAUUAAGGAAGCUGUCUGGAGUCUAAACCCAAACAGUGCCCCUGGCCCUGAUGGAUUCAAUGGCUUUUUCUUUAGGGCGUGCUGGGACAUCAUCAAGGAAGAUGUCAUUAGUGCCACCCAGGAAUUUUUCAUUGGAAUCCCUAUCCCAAAAUGCUAUGGCAGCACAUUCAUUACCCUCAUUCCUAAGAAGGACAAUUCUAAGUGUUUUGGGGACUACAGGCCUAUCUCUCUUUCUACUUUCAUGAGCAAAAUCAACACUAGGAUAUUGGCUGAUAGGCUUCAAGCUAUACUUCCUAAAAUCAUCUCCUCUAAACGGACUGGUUUCCAAAAAGGCAAGGGUGUUGAUGAACAGAUUCUUUUGGUGGAAGAAAUGGUACACAAGUUAGAUUCAAAUAUCAGAGGGAGGAACCUACUUAUCAGCCAUCUAGCUUUUGCUGAUGACAUCAUCAUUUUUAGCAACGGGGGCACAAACAACUUGCUUAAACUGAAAAAUCUUCUCAGAACUUAUCUCAAUGCCUCAGCAGCAGAUCACGGAACUCACACGGCACCUGACGGUGCGAGAUUUGGAGGAUCAGAUCAUGAGGAGUCAGAUCACGGCUCCCGAUCAUCGUUCGAGAACCCGUAUCAUCGCGAACCUCGCGGUCGUGAUUUUCGUGUCCGUGAUGACUACCACGGAGGGCUAGGGUUUACGAUGGAAAUCCCUAGUUUUUCAGGAACCCUGCAGGCCGAUGAUUUCAUUGACUGGUUGAACAAGGUGGAUCGGAUCUUUGAGUAUAAGGAUGUUCCUAAUCGUGACAAAGUGAAGCUCGUGGCGAUCAAACUCCAUGGACGAGCCUCUGCAUUGUGGGAACAGAUGCGGCGAUCUCGUGAGAAGAUGGGCAAGCCAAAGAUCAAUGAUUGGGCCCUUGCAGUUGAGAAGCAGCAGAACAGGAAGCUGGUGACCAACAACCAUCCGGCUCGACCCCAAGAGCCUCGACGUACAACACAGGGAGUUCAGGGGACGCAGGGAGCUUCGAGUAGUACGAUUAAGUGCUAUCAUUGUGGUGAACCUGGACAUAGGGCGAAUGAAUGCAAGAAACCCGCUUUACAGAAGAGCAAGAGCUUGUUCGUGGAGGAGAACAUCGUUGUUGACGAUGAUGAAGUUGAAGAGUUUGGAGGUCCAGUCCAUAAUGAUUAUGCAGAAGAUGAUGUUCUUUACGGGGAUGGUCGAGAGAAUUUGGUUAUGCGCAAGAGUCUUCUGGCCCCAAAGGAUGAUUCUAAAGACGAUUGGUUGAGGACAAACAUCUUCCACACAACCUACACCAUUGGAGGAAAACCUCCCGAGAGACUCUCUCGAGCUACACUACUAUCUCGUUAAGCUUACGGGUGCUUAACAAACCGUUACAACUUGAGAGUUCGAGUCACACGAACCUCAACGAAUCCUUCAAAGGAAACAGACCUUCCUUUGAAUCAACCGAGAGAGAUACUAUCUCUCAACGUGUCUAAGAACACAAGUACACUCAAGAACGAGACUCUCUUAUAGAGUAGAUUAUGAGUAAACUAAGUACGCUCAAGAACAACUCAACCUUCACACAAAAAUGGCUCUAGAAAGCUAAGGAAAAUGAUGAUGUUUGAAAGCAAUGAAAGUAUAGAUGUUGU